CUUUCUGUCGCCUAGCAACAAUCGAUAACUCAUCGAUUAAACACACAGCACCGCGUGUGGCAUUGGCGUGCGGCGUGCGGCCCAAAUCCGACCCGGAUCGUGCGCCAGUAGCGUGCGGGCCAGGCCGCUCGCAGCGUGGAGCAUUGAGGGCGGGGACGGGGCUGUGACGACGUCCUUCGCCGCCGACAACGAAUGAUCAAAACGAACCGAACGCCCCGCUGAUGUGCAGGCAGCAUGAGACGGCGAUCCCAAAAGCUGGAAAUUCUCCUUGACAUCCAAGCGGUAUCAUGUCCAGGUGUAUGGAUUCCCUGCAAUGGGGCUGUCUACCUGAGCAUUUGUCUGCUCGGAAAUUACAUCCGGACAAAGGAAACCGCACCAGUCUUUCCAAUGAUGUUUUAUGAAAAGUUUGUGAUUGAAAAGGUGUUCCGCCAUGUGUUCCACUUAAGUGACCUGGACGAGAUUCUGGACGCCGAGAUUGUGUACAUGGAGCUCAUCCAGCGGUUUGCAGAGAAGCCUGACACGGUACUCGCCACGUUCGAGACGUCAGCACGUGAGCUGCUCUUCCCCAACAUCACCAGCACGCCGCAGUACUCGGGCGCCGACCUCGACCUGCUUAUGGAGCCCACCGUCAACUUCGUGGGCACGCUGGCCCCCCGGCUGGAGGUGUCCACGAAGACGACGGUAAAGGAGGUGCGGACCAGCCUGCCGCCGCCACCGGCUACCGUUCGUUCCGUCGCCGACGGCCAGCCCAAGGUACCGUCACCGCGCCCUGCCGCCCUCCGAUGUCGGCGGCUGUAGGCCUCAACUCUCACAAGGCGGCCCACCGCCAGACAGUGUCGCUGAUUUAACCUCCUAAACCCGCCGCGAUACCUCGCCACAACACCUGAUAGUAUCAUGCG